CCGCCCCCGGCGCCGGCGGGCUCCCUCUCGUGGAAGAGGUGCGCCGGCUGCGGGGGGAAGAUCGCCGACCGCUUCCUGCUCUACGCCAUGGACAGCUACUGGCACAGCCGCUGCCUCAAGUGCUCCUGCUGCCAGGCCCAGCUGGGGGACAUCGGCACCUCCUGCUACACCAAGAGCGGCAUGAUCCUCUGCAGAAACGACUACAUCAG